AUGUCAGUGAUAGAAAUAGAGUCGGAAAGCCAGUUCACAGAGUUGACCAAAUCAGAUGCGAGCAAGUUGAUUGCGUUGUAUUUCCAUACGCCGUGGGCAGGACCGUGCCAGACGAUGAACUCAGUGUUUAAGACGUUGGCAGAGGCCAACGAGUCAGUUUUGUUUAUAUCUAUCAAUGCCGACGACCACCCUGACAUAAGUGAGCUUUUUGAGGUUUCGGCUGUGCCAUAUUUCAUAUUGAUUCGUAACUCGACCAUUUUGAAGGAGUUGUCGGGCGCAGACCCAAGGGAGUUUAUAAAUGCGUUGAACCAGUUCACAGAGAAGAAGGGUACCGGUGCACCAGCAGCAGCACCAGCUGCCGCUGCACCACAGGUGCCAGCUCAAGCUCCAGUCGAAGAAUCUCCAGAGGCGUUGAACGAGAGAUUGAAGAAAUUGACGGGUGCAGCCCCAGUGAUGCUUUUCAUGAAGGGAUCGCCAUCGGCUCCACAAUGUGGAUUCUCGAGACAACUUGUGGCGAUCUUGAGAGAACACCAGGUCAGAUUUGGCUUUUUCGAUAUCUUGAAGGACGACUCGGUCAGACAGGGCCUCAAGAGUUUUUCCGAUUGGCCAACGUUCCCUCAAUUAUAUAUCAACGGAGAGUUCCAAGGGGGGCUUGACAUCGUCAAGGAAUCGAUCGAGGAAGAUUCCAGCUUUUUCGAGAAUGCGGUUAAAAGUACUUAG